CUAUUAAAAAUCGUUCAACGCCAGAAAAGAGACAACAAUGUCAUCGAAAUCGUUGAAAAUAUUGUUCCAGCCUGCUGAUGGCAUAGGUCAUAUUAAUGCUGCAAUCGGUCUAGCUCAAGCACUUGCAAACCGUGGUCAUCAAGUAUUUGUUUUCACCUUGCCCAACGAAAUCGGAACAUUUAAAAAGUUUGGACUUAAUGAAAUUCAUCUUCAAUUAACGAAUGAAGAGAAUAAUAAAAAGAAAAAUGAUUCAAAUGACAAGAAAGAUGCCGACAAAGAUCAUCCAUUGAAAUCAAGUAAAGAAACAUUGGAACGUAUGUCUGAUGCUGGUAUCUUUUCACAUCGAUCAUCCAUUGACAAAAUAGACGCAUAUCGUGCAAUGAUAGAUGUUCGCGAUCAAACUUCACACGGCUAUCAAAGACAUCAACAACUUAAAGAAAUUCAUCCGCAAAUGGUAACGGCUAUUGAUAAACUAAAACCGAAUUUGAUCAUAGCCGAUUCAUGCCAUUUUAGUUUGUCACCAUGCAUUGCUUAUGGAAAAAUUCCUUGGAUCUUUUUGUACUCUGAGAAUCCAUUGUCAUUGUUUGAUUCACCAAAUGUUCCACCACCAUUGUCAGGUUAUCCCACAUAUGACAAAACUUGCUGGAAAGAAUUCCGCGAAAAGUUUCAAAAAGAUUACUGUGAAAGUCAUUGUUACGCACAAAAUUUGAUCAAUAAAGAACUUGGCUAUCCAGAAGUCGAUGAAAAAAUACCUUUACUAUUAUCACCUUAUUUGAACAUCUAUGGCUUCCCCGAAGAAUUGGAUUAUACUGAUUUAGCUAAACUACCAGAUAAUUAUAUUCGUAUGGAUACUUAUUGUAGAAAAACUGCAGAAAAAUUUGAAUUACCAGACGAAUUCAAAAAGAAAAUUCAGACUGAAGAUAAAUUGAUUUAUUUAUCAUUAGGUUCUAUGGCUGGAUUCGAUGUUGAAUUGAUGAAAAGAUUAGUCAAAAUACUUGGAAAAACAUCUCAUAAAUAUAUUGUUUCAAAAGGUAUCCUUCAUGACCAAUAUGAAUUGCCUGAUAAUAUGUGGGGUGGGCCAUAUGUUCCACAGACAGAAAUUCUUCCGAUUGUCGAUAUGGUCAUAACACAUGGUGGUAACAAUACAGUUUCCGAAACAUUGUCAUUUGGAAAACCAAUGUUAGUGAUGCCGUCAUUUGUGGAUCAAUUUGAUAAUGCACAACGUAUCACAGAAAAGGGAUAUGGCUAUCGUCUUGAUACUUAUGGAUUCACUGAUGAAGAACUAAUCGAAACUGUUGAUCGUAUACUCAAUGAUCAGCAAAUGAAAGAAAAAUGCAAAAAAGCAGGCGAACGAAUCCAGAAUUCCAAUUCCAAAGAAAAAGCUUGUGAAAAAAUUGAAGAAUUGGCCGAGAAAUUUUCAAAAACUAAUUAAUCUACAAUGUCAAUUUUUUCAUAAUAGAUUUGACUUAUAUUA